GCUGGAGAAAUUUAGCCGGAACAAAAUAAAUAAAUUGUUAGAUGGUAAAUUCAGGAACUUACGCAGACCAUCGAAAACUGCGGCGAUACUUGUUACCAGUUAAAGAGAGGGUCUUACCUACGCCGAAAUGUUUAAGAAAGCCAGAGCAAAUAUAUCACUAGAUGAGUUACAAAUAAAAGCCACUAAGAUCAGGAGAGCGGUUAAUGUCGGCAUGCUCAUAGAAGUCAUUGGUCCUGAUGGUCAAGAUCGCGCUAAAGUACUAGAAACUAAACUUAAGGAAAUACUCAAGGACCAAGCCAAGGUAGUAAGACCAACGAUUAAAGGAGAAAUUCGUCUUAUUGGUUUAGAUGAUUCGGUUACACCUGAAGAAGUUCUCUUUGUUGUCGCUUAGAAUGUGCCCCUUGAAUGCUGCAUUGAAAGUCGCCAAUUUAAAGAAAAUUAAGAUUGGUUGGACGUUGGCUAGAGUUGAGCUUCUCGACAAUAUACCCGUCCAAUGUUUCAAAUGUUGGAUAUACGGGCACGUUAGACUCGCCUGUUCAUCUAAAGAGGAUUUUAGCGGUCUAUGCUUUAAAUGUGGAAGGAAAGGUCACCUAGCAAAUAACUGCAAUCUUCCUCCCUUUGUAAGGUGUGUGAUUCAGAAGAAGAGUUGCUGCGAAUAAACCGGACCCGGAAGCCGGAAAAAGCAUGAUAAUUGAUGACAACUAGAUUUCUGCAGGCGAAUGUCAAUAUGAGCAAACCUUCUCUAGACUUGUUGCUCCAUUAUGGUAAGAAAACUGAGGCUGGUAUCCUGUUAAUUUCAGAACUUAAUUACAUUGCAACCAUCGAAAAU